AUGGCUUCAUCUCAAGUAUUCAGGGAACGGGAUGUAAAAUGUUGCCAGUUACACCAUGUGGUUGAUUGCAUUUGCUAUAAUUCGAGUGGUUCAAACCAGCCCGAAUUAUCAGGUAGUGAUGCGAUAAGAACAGACACGAGAUUAUUUUAUGGUGCAUCAACUAUGAAAAAUGACACAAUUAUCCCUACCCAGAGGGUACUAGAUAGAGAAGUGCGCCCGAUUGUCCCGUUCCCUUUUCUAGUCACCAUCGCAGGCGUAUUGGGGAACACAAAGAUUAUGCAAAAAAAUGUAGAUAUUAUGCUUGAAAACGCAAAAAAAAACAUGAAGAUCAUGGAAGACGCUAUUGCAGUCAUGAAAGGCACAGGUAGUCAAUUUAGAAACAUAAAUGCACGAUUAAAACAGAUCGAGUCCACACGAACUAAAAGAAACGUCCUACGUAAAUACGGACCCUGGGUUAUGCGUUUUAACAACGAAAUAGUGAGAAAGAUAGGGAGAGAGAAAUGGAGGUUAGCCAAGUAUGCAAUGGAUUACCUCGAGAAGGGUGUGACCUUAACGCAAGACGAGAGUAGUAGUAUUCUACAGUUAACGGAAUUAUUGCAUAGCAUUGGGAUGACAGUAGAAGACUACAAGCUAUUACUCGAAACAAGAGAGCUAAGGGGUCACUAUUUGCAUGACCACACGUUUCCCAUGGAAAAGGCAAAGGCUGAUCUUACUUCGCUCGUAGACGAUUUAGCAGUGUAUAAGAUACCACUAAGUAAAGCCCUCCAAGCGCUGUAA